ACGUGAUAAAAUUCACUUCCGUUUCCUGCCGGAAAAUUAAACACAGGGCAAAUUUAAUUGAUUUAACUAGGAAAAUGACGGUGAAAGGUGGCGGAGGAAAUGAAAUAUUACCGAUUGGGGGUAAACGCUCAGGUGGAGCGAUUAGUUCUCUAUUAAAUAAACCGAAGAGUGAAAUGACCCAGGAGGAACUCCAGCAAAGGGAGCAAGAAGAGUUUAAUACAGGCCCUCUAUCAGUCCUCACUCAAUCCGUCAAGAAUAAUACGCAAGUACUAAUUAACUGCCGCAACAACAGAAAACUCUUGGGUCGUGUGAAGGCCUUCGAUAGACACUGCAACAUGGUAUUAGAAAGCGUUAAGGAGAUGUGGACGGAAACUCCGCGAACCGGUAAAGGAAAAAAGAAGGCUAAACCAGUAAACAAGGAUCGAUAUAUUUCUAAAUUAUUUCUUCGCGGAGAUUCUGUUAUACUCGUAUUACGGAAUCCUUUAGUACAACAAAAAUGA